AUGGAGAGAAAAGAAAAGGGUGCGGAAAGUGAAAGAAAAAAGCAAGAAGGAUCAUCAAUGGUGAAAAAGUUGAAACGCGGUGUAUUGGUAGGGAAAAGAGGAGGGCUUUGUAGCACGCCACCACCUAUUUGGAGGCUUGAUGAGUUUUAUAACAGCAACAACAAAACCAGCUCUGAAUUUCUCAACCUUCACCCCACAACUUCACUCUCUGCUAGAAAGCUCUGUUCCAGCCUCUGGGAAAUUGAGUCUUAUCAGUUCCAGCAUAACCCACUUGCCCAAAUGAGCAAAGCAGGAGCUAGACUUCGACGCAAGCACCAGAAGAGAAAUGGGUUUGAGCUUCCCAAGCAUCUGAUCGGGCUUGACACUCCUACUAACUCACUUCAUCACCACCAGCCAGCAACUGCAAGCAGCUUAGGGAGGCUUGUAUCAGCAUCACUGAUACAACACCAUCAAUCAGUUGAGAGCAAUGGUUGUGCUCUUCAACCCCUACCUCCUGCUAGUUGUAGUAGCUCACUGGAGGUGGCACCUUAUAAGGUAAGGAUGGGUGAGUCAAGUCGAAGCUUUAAAACAUCCACAGAAUUACUCAAAGUGCUCAAUCGUAUCUGGACUCUUGAAGAACAGCAUGCAUCCAAUAUAGCAUUGGUAAAAGCACUGAAAAUGGAACUAGAUCAUUCUCAGGCAAAAAUUGAAGUGUUGUUGCAUGAGAAGCAAUCAGAUAGGCAAGAAAUGGACGACUUGAUGAAGCAUGUUACAGAAAAUAAACUUGUUUGGAAAAAUAAGGACCAGGAUCAGAUCAAAGCUACACUCCAAUUGCUCAGGGAUGAGCUAGAAGGUGAGAGGAAGUUGAGAAAGCAUUCAGAAAGCCUGCAUCGGAAGCUAGCUCGAGAGAUUUCUGAAGUGAAAUCUUCUUUCUCUAAUGCUUUGAGGGAGCUUGAAAGGGAGAGAAAAGCGCGUAUCCUAUUGGAAAACUUGUGUGAUGAGUUUGCAAAUGGAAUAAAAGAGUACGAACAAGAGGUGCGAUCCCUGAAGCAAAAUCCUGAGAAGGAUCACAGUGGUAUGACCAGCUCUGACAGACUAAUUCUCCAUCUUUCAGAAGCAUGGCUUGAUGAACGGAUGCAAAUGAAGAUAGCAGAAGCUCAGAAUGACCUUGCAGAGAGGAAUACAAUUGUAGAAAAGUUAGGUUUUGAUAUAGAAAACUUUCUUCAGGCUAAACGAUCUGUUGAAUUGAAGAAAAAUAGUAAGUUCUCCCCAAUGGAGCUCAAGGGAAACUGCUCACGCCGGCAUUCAUUAGAGUCCUUUCCAUUGAAUGAGGCUAUAAGUGCACCACAACAUGUAGCUGAUGAAGAUUCUACUGACGGUGAUUCACACGCUUUAGAAGCAAGCAAGACUGCCAGUGGAAAACAAAUCAAGCUCAGUGCUAGGCAGCACAAAAAAAAUGUUGCAGAAGGCCAACAUGAAGGACUAGUGAAAUCUAAUUCCAUGAGGAAAAAGGUAUCACAGGAGAAAAACAAGGGUAAUAGCUUGUCUGGUUUGCAAGGGCAGUUUGAAGAACAUAUGGCCAGAGCCAUGUCCUAUACUGGAAACAGGAGACAGUCUGCAGAUAAUAAACAUGGUGAAAUCACUAAAAUGGGAGAAGAGAAUCGAGCUCUGAUUGACAAUCUUGAAGAAUCUGAGUACUGUGAUUUAAUCAGAGAAGGUCUACAAGAAAUACAAAGUAAACGGGUUGCGGCACAUGGAUUGAAAUCCAAUCCUCCUGAAAGUAACUGCAUGGUAGAAACUGGUAUCCAGCCUGUGUAUACAGGUAAUGCUAGUCCGGUACAGCAAUGGAUGUCAAAAUUAACAACCCCAGAAUUUGGAAAAUCUGAAUCUACUUUGGAAUGGCCUCCGGGGCUUAACGAAAAUACGCUGAUGGCAAAAUUACUUGAAGCCAGGUUAGAAGCAAAGCGCUCUCGCUCGAAGACUUCCAAAGGGCCUGUCUAG